AUGACAAAAGCGGUUAGCGUCUACGGGUUGCCAACACAGCCACGUCCCUGGCCAUGCAAGGAGCUCCCCAACAUUCAGCCCCGGCUCAUGGGGAAUCUUGGCCGUGGUCAUGAGCCUUUAGGGCUGCUUCCCGGAAAAGAGCAAAGAUCCGUCAGGCGAUCUCUCUCCAUGCUCUACGCCGGUGCAAGCACCACACGCAUCUAUCAUAUGCCACCAGCACCCGACCCUACAAACCCAGGGUCAAAUCAUUUGCAAAUAUCGACAUGGAUCUGGAAAACUAUGAUUUACCCAAAAAUCUUACUAGAACAAAGGCGGUACACACCUAUUCCAACCAACAAAGCUAAUGACCACCAGUUUGCCUGGCUUUACGCUCGCAAUACUCAACAGCAGCAUUUCUCCCAGCCACUCAAGCCGCAGCGACCUCAAAGUUUUCAAAAAUCAAAUAACAAACCCAUUGUAGCGAGACAAUCCAACCCAGAAUCCAUAAAAUCCAGCAAGCAGAAUCGGCAGCGCCAAAGCGCCGCUACAGAGGUCUCACAAAUACUCUCAGACCCUGAGCUUCUGCUCAGCUAUAGAAUACACGUAAAUACAGCAACGCGCUAA